AGCAAACCCAGACGCCUCCGUUCUGACUUGAAGCAACUCCGUGGCCAAGCCAAUUGGCUGUGGCCAGGCGUCCUCCGCGGGCUGAGGGCGAGAGGGGCACGUCAUGUUCGCCUCCUGCGCUGGCCCGGGGCUUGGCUGCCUCGGCCGCGGGCUCGGCCGGGCCCGCGCUGGGCGUUGGACGGGUCGGGCUUUUCAGGGCCGGCUGUGUAGCUCCGCACCUGAGCCCGACGUCCUUCCGCCUGGCCCGGCGCGCCGGCCUCUGAAGGAGUGGACGCUGCUGGUGAGCCCGUUCGGUCGGCUGCGAGCGCGGCUCCGGUGCCACCUGGCCGUGAGGCCCCUGGACCCCCUCACCUUCCCGGAUGGCGACCGCGUGCUGGUGACGGUGUCUGGCGUGGAGGGCGGGACGCCUGGCCUGGACAGCCUGCAGGUGCAGUACGACGAGGCCCUGCAGGAGAUGGCCAUCGUGUCGGACACCAUCGAUCCCCGGGCGUCGGUGGAGGUGAACGUACCCCUGAAGUUUGAUUUGAAUAUCAAGUCAUUGGGAUCUGGCUGUGUAAAAGUCCAGAAUAUUGAAUGUGAUCAUUGCAAAAUUGAAACUGAACAGGGUAUCAGCUUCUUGGGCUCUGUUAAGAGUCAAAAAUUAUAUGUUCAAACUAAAGGUGGCAAAGUGAUCUGUGUUGGAACAAUCUACGGAGAUACAGAUAUCCAUGCAUCGGAUAAAAGUACUGUAACUGUAGAUAAACUGCAAGGAAGUUCAAUUAAUAUAUCUACUGAAGAUGGUUUGCUGGAAGCCAAGUAUCUUUACACAGAAUCAUCAUUUGUGUCUUCUGCUGCUGGAAAUAUUGCAUUAGGAAAUGUGCAUGGUAAUAUAAUAUUACAAAGCAAGAUGGGCAAUAUCACCAUAGAUUCUUCCUGUGGAUGUCUAAAAGCCACCACUCAGCAGGGCACCAUAGAUGUUUAUGUCAGCCAGCUGGGGAAAGUGGAAUUGAAAUCACACAAAGGCUCUGUUACUGUCAAGGUCCCAUCUUCUCUUCAAACCUACUUACAGUUAUCAGGAAAAGAGGUUGAUGUGAACCCAGAGGUCAAUGUUCAGGAAAUGGCUAAAGAUCAUAAAGACGAUGGUAUAAUAAUUACUGGACACAUAAUCAAGCAAAGAGACAUGAAAAUUGGAUUAAUGCUACUGCCCCAGAAGGCAUUGUAUGUUUUAGAAAUCAAAGCUGGUUUCAGUCCCUAAAACUGCAGAACUGAAGAGUUCGAAUAGUUAUUUAUGUUAUUAAACAGUAGCAGACUUGUGAUGAUGAUACGGCAAAUAUUUAUGUUCAUAUGAAUCUUGAAAAUAAAGCAGCAUUGGGAACAAAUACUGGUGAAAUGUGUAGGAAGCCUCUUCAAAGUGUGUGUUUAGCUACUGUAUUUUCUAUUGCUCUGUAACAAAUGAUAGUACUCCCUCCACUUGUUCUCAGGGGAGGUGCUGAGACAACUCCCCUCCCAAUGGAUGCCUGCAGCCACCCAGUUCCAAACCCUGUAUCGGGAAUAUGUUUUCCUUGUAAAUAUGUACACAAAUUUAAUGCAUUUUCCAUAAUAAUUAAGCACUUGUGCACUGUGGCUAUAAGCUUAGAAUAUCAGUUACCACGGCAAAAUGAACAUGACUUUUUCCUUCUUCACAAUUCACAGAUAAAACAUUACUUCUUACUGUAGAUCUUUGCAAUCUCUGCAUACAUUUAUUUAUUUGCUUCUAUUUUCUUUCUUUUUCACUCAGAAGACAUCCUUUAUAUGGCUUCUCUUUGGCAUAUCCAGAUUGCUAGUAUCACUAAUCUUGGACCCUGCAGCCAGUACUCCUAAACAGGAGUACUCUGAUGACACUAACAGCUACCCUAGAAACCAAGAUGGCUGUCAGGUGACUAACAGGCAGGCAGUACGUACCACAUGGAUGCUCCGGAGAAGGCAUGAUUCACAUCUUGACUGGGACAGCACAGUAUUCCAUCACGAUCCUCAGAAUGACACACAGUUUGAAACAUAUGAAAUACUUAUUUCUGGAAUUUAUCAACUGUAGGUAAGGAACUGAAGCCAUAAAAAGCAAGACCUCAAAUUAAAGGAGACAACAUGGGCUGGGAAGGUGGCUCAGUGGUAGAGAGCUGGCCUUGCAUGCAUGAGGCCCUGGGUUCA